AAACCGCACCAUGGAUUCAACGAGCAGCUCCUUGACUGCCAACUUCACCCUCCUCCCCGACUCAGUCUCCAGCGCGGGCACCCUCACGGUGUCCAACUCCUCAGUGUCCAAGAAUGCCAUGAGCACGGCGUACGAGUGGCGGUUCAUCUUGCCGCCGUACAUCCUGAUCUUCCUGCUGUCGGUGUCCGGGAACUGCCUGGUCAUCGCCACGCUGGCCAGCAACCGCCGCAUGCGCACCGUCACCAACGUGUAUUUGCUCAACUUGGCAGUGUCCGACUUCCUACUGGGGGUGUUCUGCCUUCCGUUCACGCUGGUCGGACAAAUAUACAGGAGGUUCUUCUUCGGAGCAGUCAUGUGCAAGUUAAUACCAUUUAUUCAAGCGGUAUCAGUGUCAGUGGACGUGUGGACGCUGGUGGCGAUCUCGCUGGAGCGCUACUUCGCGAUCUGCCGGCCGCUGAAGUCGCGGCGCUGGCAGACGCAGUGCCACGCCUACAAGAUGAUCGCGAUGGUGUGGCUGCUGUCCGUUGUGCUCAACUCGCCCAUCCUCUAUGUUUCUACGCUGCAGUCUAUGCGCGGGAAUGCGUACAAAUGCCGCGAGGUGUGGGCGUCCCCGCAGCUGGAGCGCGGGUUCAACCUGGCGCUGGACGCGGCGCUGCUGCUGCUGCCGCUGCUCGUCAUGGGCGCCGCCUACUGCCUCAUCGUCAGGAAGCUGUGGCGGGGGAUGCGCCAUGAGAUACAGCACAACUUCAAUUGGCAGAAUAAUUUGACGGGUCAAGCGAGCUGCAAGAGUUGCCAGACCAACCACCUCCUGCCGGCCGCGGAGCCCGUGCUGCCGCGCGCCUCGCCGAGCCUCUGCUACAAGUCGCUCGACACUUGGAACUCCAAGAUACUGCUCAGGGAGGACGAGCCGGCAGCCGAGGCGGACGAGAACAACGGCACGCAGACGUACUGCAUGCACACGGCUCUGGAGCUGGACUUCCGCCACGCCGUGCGCUCCACGCACAUCGACAAGAGCAUCGAGGCCAAGCGGAAAGUAAUAAGGAUGCUAUUUGUUAUAAUUGUGGAAUUCUUCGUAUGCUGGGCACCGCUACACGUGAUCAAUACCAUAUACUUGUUCUACCCGGAUGAGUUGUACCAGCAUAUCGGAUCAAAAGGAAUCAUUCUGCUCCAGCUGUUGGCCUACUGUUCGUCUUGCUGCAACCCCAUCACCUACUGUUUCAUGAACAGGAAGUUCAGACAAGGUUUCAUCACUUUGUUCAGGAGUUGCAAGAUUUUUAGAUGCUGCGUCCCAGAUAAGUUGGAUAAUGGAAAGCCCCCCACCCCACAGCCGUCCAGCCAGGAUAUGACAGCGUGUGUCAUUAGGGGCAGUCACACCGGGCGCACUGAGCUGGAGGGGCUGGAAGUGGAGGAAUGUGUUUAGCAGCGGCUCCUGCUCUGGCUACGCGGCCACGCCCCCCGCGCCCGCCCCGCGCCCCGCCGCGCCCGCGCCGCCCAGACCUACAACCCAGGUAAUAGAAACCGGCGAAGAAGGAAGCAAGUUCCUGUAUCGCAUCACGUGGGCACGGGCAGGCAUGCGGGGCUCGCAGACACGACCACUAUAUGAGUAGCCGACCACACGAACGUCCUGGUGAAAAUUCCUACGACGAGGCAGUUGAUGUGAAUACUCACGUGUUGAUACAUAUGUACAUUAUAUACAUGGAGUCUGUGAGUCGUUACACUAGUGACGUCAGACUAUUUGUGCUCGCUUGAGUGAUGUGAUGAAUACUGACAAUGAACAAUGGUAUGUAUAUUAAUCCGUGUUACAAAGACUGGUUGUUCUAUUGUUAAGUUUAAGUAAUUUUAUUGUACGGUUGUAAGUUGUAAAUAUAGAGCCGAUAACAUAAAUCGUCAUUAAGCAUAUAAAAAGUUAAGCUUUACGUGAGUACUUACUCUUCUGGAGCUUACAUAUGAAAUAUUAGGUAGGUACUAUGUUUUUGUUAAUAAGUUUUCAAGUUUUAUAGUUCUUGAGUGAUUACCUACGGUUGUUAAUUUGUAUGGGUAUUUUAAAAAUAUUAAUUAGGUAUUAUAAUUACUGACUCUUAUUACAAUCCAUCAAAUCCAUCUUACUUAACUAGGUAGAUAUUUUAUGAUAAUUCUGAGAACUGUACUGUACUUUAUUUUUUUGUUUCCACCUUGUAUAAAUUAGAUAGAUAGAUAUGUAACUAACUCAAUUUAUGAGAUCCAGCAAAUAUGUUAAUGAAUUAUUACUUAAAUAGUUUCCGCAAUAAAAUUGGCAUAAAAAUAUUUAUCUGAAAGCAUUAAUUAGUGUCUAUAGUAAGUAAUAUCAUUGCAACAGUCGUAAUUAAUGUGUCACUGCAACUAGGUCUUUCGUGAAGUUGCCGAGUGGAUGCGCGUAUGAAUUUCAAGAGUCUCUGUGUAAAUAGAUUAGCUAUGCUCCGGCGGCGAAGGAAAAUACAAACUGGAAACCA